AUGGAACAUUCCUCACCAGCCUGGUCUUCUCAGGCUCCCUCACCCGAAAAGUCAUGCGAGCUAUAUAUACGCGACUAUCCUCAUCGAUCCAUCGCCAUCGUAUCGUCCUCACAUACCCUAAUAUUUCGAUAUACCACGUCCACCAGUGAAGCCAUCGCGAACGGCUCGCUUACAUCCUUAGCUGCAAUUACAAGACCCCGCGGGAACGUCAGCGAGACUGUAGUAUCGAAAUGCAUGGUUGAAUUCGCACCGGUUUCCAAAACCCUACUACAAGACUAUCGUCGGCUGACUCAUCGACCGAUUUAUGGAACGUUGGGCUUGAUCACAGUCAACAGCGAGGUCUUUCUAUCCAUCAUCACACAUGCGACACGGGCUGCCACCUUACGGCCUGGUGAGACGGUAGAACGUAUAGGCGGAGUUGCAUUCUACUGCUUAAGUAGCGCCGACUAUGACGAUGUCGUUCCUCUCGAAUCGCUCGAUCCCGAGUUUUCAGAUACUGCAUCGGUACAGUCCGGUCCUUAUGGUCAAGGCCUUGGUCGAAGGGAAGUUGCCAUGGAGCAUCCUUGCCACGAGUUGCGCAAUCUACUGAGCAAUGGAACCUUUUACUACAGUACAGAUUUUGAUCUGACAAACCGACUCCAAGAUAGGCCAAUCAAUUCUAACUCCUUUGAGAUUGACAAUUUCGAUGAUGGGUUCCUCUGGAACUCAUUCAUGAUCAGCCCCCUUGUGCAAUUUCGUUCUCGACUUAUGCCACACGAACGAGCGUCUCUCGAUUCAUCACGGAUACUUACUUCAGCCAUCCGUGGAUUUUGUAAAACAAUGACUAUCCCAUUGAACUCUUCACCCCUGAAGAACGUCAAAUCGGGGAUGCCCUCUUUCAUGACUCUCAUCUCCCGACUAUCUUGUCGCAGAGCUGGAACGCGCUUCAAUUCCCGAGGUAUCGACGAUGAUGGGCACGUAGCAAACUUCGUUGAAACUGAAACCACUUUCUGGAGUCCAGCAGGGACAAUGUUUUCGUAUGCUCAAGUGCGCGGGUCGGUCCCAGUGUUUUGGGAACAGGCGGCCGACCUUAUCCCAGGUCGCCAGAAGAUCACAGUUACCAGAUCUCCCGAUGGGACUCAGCCUGCUUUCAACAAACAUUUUGAGGAGCUUGAGCAAUCCUAUGGAGCAGUUCAUGUCAUUAACCUUCUUAGUGAGACCAAGCCAGGUGAGGUCGAGCUCAGUAACCUUUACCAUAAUGGCAUCAGACAUUGCCCUUUAAGCCGUGCAGGACAGGAUGGAUCUUCUGACCAUGCCCUCCUGCGAGAGACAAAUUACGAUUUUCAUGCCGAGACAAAAGGACCUGCCGGAUACGAAGCCGCUCGGGAUAUUCGCCGAUACAUUGAGAAUUCUACUGAUGGGUUUGCAUACUUCCUUGCAGAGGAGACAAAUGAGCCAAGCUAUGAUCAAGACGGCUCUGGGCAUGCGCGUAUGGUGGUUGUGCUUCAACAGGAGGGUGUUUUCCGAACCAACUGUCUUGACUGUCUCGAUCGAACCAAUCUCAUACAGACAAUGAUUUCACAAAUGGCGGUUGAGGCUUUCCUAGGGCACCGGGGAGAAUAUGCUGCGUCCGACUUCUGGAUGAGACAUUCUAGUCUCUGGGCAGACAAUGGAGAUUCCUUGUCCAAAACCUACGCCGGAACAGGCGCUCUCAAGUCAUCCUUUACACGCCACGGCAAAAUGUCACUCGCUGGAGCUGUCGCUGACGUGCGCAAAUCCGUGCAGCGUAUAUACCACAACAACUUCCUCGACCCCUCCCGCCAGAUCACUAUUGACAUGCUUUUGGGUCGUCUUGUUGGGCAAGCACCGGUUCUUCUGUUUGAUCCUAUCAGCGACUUCGUCUCAUCGGAGCUAGCCAAGAGGAGUGGUGAAUUCACUUCUUACAACAGUAUCACCAUAUGGGUUGGCACUUUCAAUCUCAAUGGGCGCACUGAAGGCGUUGAUGAUGAUCUUGGUCCUUGGCUAUUCCCAGAAACCCUAGGUAACGCUCAGCCAGAUAUCUUUGUGGUCGGAUUCCAGGAGAUCGUCGAGCUCAGUCCUCAGCAGAUUAUGAACAGUGAUCCAUCACGGAAAAACCUAUGGGAACAGGCUGUAAAGCAUAACCUCAACGAGCGACAGAAGCGAUUAGGAGGCGAGAGAUAUGUGUUGCUGCGAAGUGGGCAGCUUGUCGGAGCAGCACUAUGCAUCUUUGUCAAGACGCCUAGUCUAGCCAGCAUUAAGAACGUCGAGGGCAGCGUAAAGAAGACGGGUAUGUCGGGCAUGGCUGGAAACAAAGGUGCGGUGGCAAUUCGGUUUGACUAUGCCAACACUCAUAUCUGUUUUGUUACGGCACAUUUGGCCGCUGGAUUUUCCAACUACGACGAACGCAACCGUGAUUACGCCACGAUUCAUCACGGUUUGCGUUUCCAGAGGAAUCGUGGAAUUGAUGACCAUGACGCUGUGAUAUGGCUGGGUGACUUCAACUAUCGUAUUGGCCUCAAUUCAGAGACUGCACGAGCUCUCGUGAAGAAACGUGACUUUGAGACACUGUAUGAAAACGACCAGCUCAAUCUUCAGAUGGUAGCUGGGCUGUCAUUCCCAUUUUAUUCUGAAGCUCGAAUUACGUUCCCACCCACGUACAAGUUCGAUAUUGGAACUGACAACUACGAUACUUCUGAGAAGGCUCGCAUUCCUGCCUGGACGGAUCGUAUCCUCCGGAAGGGGUCUAACCUCAGACAAUUGCUCUACAAUUCGGCACCUCUCAAAUUUUCUGAUCAUCGGCCCGUCCAUGCUGCGUUUGAGUGCAGAGUGAGCAUUGUCGACGAACGAUUACGUGAAACAAUCAGUAGAGAGCUGUACCAACGUCGAAAGGCUGAUGUUGGGGACGCAACGGCUCAUCUCGGCACUGGUGAUGACAGCGACGAUGAGGAUCUUAUUGGCUAUGAUUCUAUCGAGCCUGGGCUGCCUCCUGCGAGUUCAGAUCGUCAAAAAUGGUGGCUCGAUAACAAACAGCCUGCUCGAGCCGCGGUGCCUGUGCCCAAGCCCAGGAAUAACCAGGCCGUCGGGCUCAAUCCCAAUCGUCCCUCGAAUCCAUUUGGUCUCACGGAUGAGCCAGACUGGAUCUCCAUCCCGAGGUCAUCCUCCAAGGCAUCAUUAUCCAGUAUGUCAAGCUCGCCAUUCGAGAAGGUCAGCUUGCCCAACUCCAUGGCAUCAGCUUCAAGCAUCCAACCUCGGAAACUGCCUCCACCGUAUGAUCCAUCAGCAUUACCAGCCAAGGUGGGACGUAUCAACCUUAUGGACGACCAAACUCCCAUGGGCCACGUAGAGACGCCGCCUCCGCCCCCGCCCCCUCGACGAGGAACAUCGGGCAUGGCACCGAGCACCGGGUUUGGUCUUAAUAGAGUGCAGACGCAGCCGCAGCCGCAGCCAACACCACCACCUCUGAGGUCAGCGUCAGCAGCCUCGCACGCUUCUCAAUACUCACAGAAUAGCAAGGGUGGCAAACCAGCACCUCCAGUAGCAAAGAAACCGGCCCAUUUAACAACGUCACCCAGCUCGAGCCCAGGCAUAAGUCACAGCAUCAUGGACGAAGACUUUAGACCACCUUUGCCAUCAAGGGCUCAAACUGGGGGUCCUAUGGCAGGCUUUCAGCCACAGAGUCUCGGAGUUGCUGCAAGGAAACCUGUAGGUCUGCCGAAGCAAGGGAUGAACGGAACGAACCCAAACUUAUCAACCCCGUUCGGUGGGGUGCCAUCGCGCCGACCCGCGCCGCCGGUGCAGCCCAAGCCGCAGUUAUCACAAUCAAGUCAACACCGAGAGCAAGGGUCGGUUGAUUUGUUAGGUUCACUGGACGAAAGUCAGGAUGUAGGGUGGGAGACCUUGAAGCCAAGCACAAGAGCUUAA